AUGACUAUUUCCGCCCAAAGUCCCGUCCAUCUCACCUUCGUUGGAGGAGGUCAUCUCGCGCAAGCCAUAAUCAGUGGCAUUCUCUCCUCUACCAGUGCCUGGACCCUGCAAUGCGACAUCGCAGUAACCGCCCGACGGUCGGAACAUAUCCAAGAACUGCGAUCCCGAUACCAGCAACUUCUGGUCACCGACAACAACCUCGAUCAACGCAUCUGGCAAGCCGCCAGAAGAUCCCAGCGAAGCUCUCCCCAUGACCAUCCAACGCCCCCCAUUGUCUUCAUCUGCACACGUCCAGCAGAUGUGCCCACAGUUGCAAAACAGCUAGCACCUACCCUCGCAUCCUUUGACCCGUCUGUCCGUCCUACCGUUGUGACGAUGUGUCCCGGCAUCACCGUCAGCCAGCUCCAGGAUUGGCUGCCGACAGGCACGGCGAUUGUUCGGUCCAUGCCCAACACCCCCGUGGAGUUCAGGCAGGGUGCGACCGGUCUCUUCGCAUCCGAAGAUGCCACGCUUCGUGUCAAUCAUGUCAAAAUAGUCCUUGAGGAGGUAUCUCCCCUUGUCACUAUCGUGCCGGACGAGUCGAUGCUAGAUGUUGUCGCGGCGGUGUCGGGAUCUGGUCCGGCGCAUUUUUUCUUCGUCAUCGAAUCCAUGGUCGCCGCAGCAGAGUCCAUGGGUCUUUCGAGGGAAGCUGCUGAGCCGCUCGUCAUUCAAUCCUGUCUGGGCGCUGGUUAUCUCGCCAGAGCGUCCUCAAAGCCCGUCGUGACUUUGCGAAAAGAAGUCUGUGUUCCCGGGGGAAGUACAGAAAAAGCAAUUUCGCAUUUGGAUCAAAGUGGGGUUCAGGAAUUGUUUAAGGUGGCGAUUCAGAAGAGUUUGGAUGCAAAUUUGAAGAUGCGGUUCUGUUAG